AGUAAAGCUGCCCCUCCCAAUUAAAGAUGAGGACUUACAAUAUUGAAGAGCAGCCCAGCCAAUGAGAGAGCAGAGUCAGGAAAUGCAGCAGUGAAACGGCAGAGGGUAGAGUGGGCAAGAAAAAAAAACUGCAGUGUGCACGUUUCAUUCUGUUCCUCUUCUGUGCAGAUCUUAAUCGAUUUAUCACUCCAGCUUGGGUCUUGUGUGAGUGUGUGUGUGUGUGCGUGAGUGUGUGAGUGAGAUAAUAAGCACUGGAAAAGAGAAUAGCACCUAGGUGCUCCCAGGACUGUAGUCCAACAAAAUUCCCUCAAAGUGGAGCAAUAAAAGAGAAAAUCUGAGAGAAGACACUGGACACUUUUUUAAUCUUAAGGACUUCUAAACCCGCUGUGAGGAAGUUUAUCCAGGGGAGCGCAGCAAAAACACUCGAUUUCACUGUGAUUAUCCAACAACCAGGGAUCCAAUUUACAUUGGCUGGACCGGAACAAGACAAUUGGCCCCUGCAUUUUUGGCCCAGACGACCAACCACAAUAGGUCACACCACCCACCAGUGCACCAUCCUUGCAGUCCCCUUAAAUGAACUGAGUUAGAAUCUGACCACUGAAGAUGAAGUUCAACUUGCUGAAGAACAAGCCAGAGGCCAUGGUGGGCUCAGAGCCGACGGGUGCCAUGACAGUGGCCCCGGGCUUAGGGAGCUCCACGCCAGCCGAUGUCAACUCCACAGAUGUCAACAAAGCCAUGUUCGGUGAUAUCAAGAACAAGUUUCUCAAUGAGAUGACAAAAAUUCCACUGCCCACCUGGGCCAUCGCGGCCAUUGCCAUCGUCGUCGUACUCCUCAGCGUCUCGUGCUGCUUCUGCAUCGUCAAGAAGUGCUGCUGCAAGAAGAAGAAAAACAAGAAGGGCAAGAAGGGGAAGGGUGAACUGGGCAUGAAGAACAUGAAAGGCGAGAAAAUUCAGGAUGAUGAUGACGACGAUGAUGACGUUCCCGAAAAAGGGAUGAGUGGAGAGGAGAAAGAAGAGGAACCAAAAGAGAAAGAGAAGCUAGGAAAGCUGCAAUUCUCCCUGGACUAUGACUUCCAAGAAAACAAGCUCUCUGUUGGUAUCCUGCAAGCAGCAGACCUGAUCUCCAUGGAUAGUGGUGGAACCUCCGAUCCCUACGUUAAGGUUUUCGUCCUCCCAGACAAGAAGCAUAAGUUUGACACCAAGGUCCAUAAGAAAACGCUUAACCCAACUUUCAACGAGACCUUCGCCUUCAAGAUCCCCUUCCAAGAAAUGGGUGGAAAGACCAUAGUUAUGGUGGUGUAUGACUUUGACCGCUUCUCCAAACACGACAUCAUUGGGGAAAUCAGGAUCCCCACGAACAGCCUGGAUCUGGCUCAGCCCAUUGAGCAAUGGAGGGAGCUGGACAGUGCCGAGAGGGAAGAGCCGGAGAAACUGGGUGACAUCUGCGUUUCUCUCCGCUACGUGCCCACGGCCGGCAAACUCACUAUCUGCAUCCUGGAGGCUAAGAAUCUCAAGAAAAUGGACGUGGGAGGAUUGUCAGAUCCCUAUGUGAAGAUUCACCUGCUCCAGAAUGGAAAGAGACUGAAGAAGAAGAAGACGACGGUGAAAAAGAACACGCUGAAUCCCUAUUACAAUGAGUCCUUCAGCUUUGAGAUUCCACAGGACAUGAUGCCGAAAAUCCAUGCUGUAAUCACAGUGCUGGACUACGACAAGAUUGGCAAGAACGACGCCAUCGGGAAGAUCUGGGUGGGCAACAAAGCCCCAGGCAACGGGGUGCGGCACUGGUCAGACAUGACCACCAACCCACGCCGCCCCAUCGCCCAGUGGCACCCCCUCAGGCCCGAGGAAGAGGUGGAUGCAGAACUGGCAGCCCUGACUGCCAAGAAGUAACCACUCACACAUUCACACUCACACACACACACACACACACAUGCAUACAUACACCCCUGUUUCGCAUCAUACCCCCCUCGCUACCCCAACACACACACACACACACACAUCAACGGUCAGUCCCUCCCAGCUCCACACUGGCACCACCCACAGAUUGGUAGAGACUUUUUCGGAUGUGCCCCUCAAGGAGGAAACACAAAACUGGGAAGAGCACAUGGUGGAUAGUCAAGAGGUUGACUAUGUGAAUCCCUAUGAGUUGGGUGCUCAGUCAGAUAUAUCACUUCACUUCACUACAAUACACUACAAUUGAAGUGAUCAUAAACAGAACAGGAUAAAUAGGCCAAUGCUUCCAAGGAAAUUAAUACGAAUUUGUGACUUCAAAACCUAAAAAGCUAUUAAAAAUUAAUAUAUGAAUUAAUUAAUGAAUUAUUAUAGAUUAUUAUUAAUAUUUAUAAUAAUAAUAGUAUUUACUCAAGCUGCCGCUGACGACUCCUUAUGUGAGACUGACCACAUUUUGAUAUAUAGCACAGUUUUUUGUUUCACUGAGCUUUACCUGACCAUUAUGAUACAGAAAUGUGGAGAGCUAGAUGUUUCUAGAACGUACAUCAUUAACCCGUCAGGUGUCUAUUCCACUGCCUGCAAUCUACCACCUCUCACAUUCUAUGCCUGCAGACAACAGUUCAAGAGCAAUGCCUCGAGUUCUUGACUUACUAUGAGUUCUACUUCAAAAAAUUCCUGUACCUGUCUGUAAGACAAAAAAGGAGACAAGCCUUGUAACAUUAAAGCAAUUCUCAACUGCCAGGGACGCCUUCAAAUUAAUGUUGUUUUCCUCUUUAAUUUCACAUGAAACUAUCAUGUUUAUUCCUAAAGCACUUUAAAUAAGUAAUUUACUUAUUAUAUAUUUUUCAACAUUAGACGUACACUGGAAACCUUAUGAUUCAGGAUUCAGUUGGGUGAAUUCAAUCAGGUUAUCAGUCCACCAUCUACUGCCAUUUCUGUUACAGUGACCUCGGGUGGCUUAUAGCGCUUAAUUGAACUCACUCAUGUGUUUCAAAAUAGCUAGAUGUGCUAGGUUCUAGAUAUUUACUUAUUUGAAGUAUUUAAAACGUUUAUGUCUAAUAUGUUUUGCUCUUCUCUGACAGUCAUAGUAGUACAAAGUGAAUUUUACAUUCUUUCAAAUAUUCAUUCAUUCAUUCAUUUAUUUUUCCAUGGGAAGGUACUGGAGGAGGGUACUGUUACAUGUGUAUCUUGCAUACACCAAUUACCAAACUGCUGAAUCUACUUGCACUACUGGAUGUAACUACUGUAUAUUCUGCGGGUAUCUGAUGUUUUGCAACAUUCUGUGUAGUUGUGUGCGGAAACAUACUGAAUUCGACUGAAUUGUCUUUUGUCCACAGUUUUUAUAUUUGUUACAAAAUGACCACAAAACAGCUGAUUACACUACAGAUAAGCCAGAGCAAGUCUGUGGGCUUUACUUCAUAGCGUGAAUACAUUUUGGCAUUUUAUUUCUUGUUUGGAAUAAUGAAAUUUAUACAUGGCUAGAAGUGUAAUAUACAGUUUGCCAAAUUUAAUAGGUGUGGACUUUACAUCUGAGCUUUGGAAGUUUAUCCAAGUCAAUUGGAAUACUCUAAUAUUUUUCAAUAUUUGAUAAAGUAAAUGGUUAAGAAGAUUUGUUUGAACGCCAACUAAGCGCCACAUGUCUGAACACCUGAGUAAAUGUGUACGUUGUGCUUGAUGAGAGUCUUCUGAUGUCACAGUGAAAGAGUUUUAGAUUUGGUAACAUGAGAAAGACAGUUAGGCAAUUCAAGAAUAUUUAGUUGCAUUCAAUGGAUAGAAAAGUGCAGUUUUAAUAUUUAGACAGUUUUGAUGGUUUAUGGGGAAAGAUUUAUUUAUUUAGUCAGCCAUUUCUUGUUAAUUUCUGUUAUGAUUAUUUUUAUAUUAGUCUCCCCGCGUGCCACUUGAGCAAGGGGCCAUGAUCCUUUAAAUUCAACUCAGUCCUUUCAUUUGAGUCGGGUGUCUCCCCUCUGUUUUUCCUCAGAAUCAACACAAUAAAAAGAAAACACCAAAAUGCAAUCAAAUAACCAUAGGUGUGUAGUUUUGCCUCUAUAUAUGCAUAGUUCCUACCUGUUGAACUGCAUGUUUCUAUAAAAGUACUAUAAAACGAGCAUGUUGUAGAGACAAUGCAAAAAUAUAUUGUGUGUUAGUAGAUGUCAUUUGUCAUUUGUCAUUUUAAUAGCAAACUGGAGUGGGGGAAAAUGCUCUGUAUAUUUUCUAAAAAAAAAAAAAAACGAAAUCUGUAUUUAUUUUCCAUUGGAAGGGUAUAGGGGAGAAUAUGAAUCAAACUGAUAGUCAGUUUCUAUCCAGGCCUGCAGAUCCAGUACAGUAAUAAGCAAAGUUGUUUAAAAAUACUAAGUGUGAUUUCAUGUAAGAUGAAGAUGUAGCCGCAUGCUUGCUGUUGAAUAUUUUUGAUGUAUACAUUUUAUUUAUUGGUUUGUAACUUCUCUUGUUUUAUAUCGAAUUGAUUUACAGUUCAAUGUUUGUAUGUCCUCUUGCCAAAUAUGUUCUUAAGUGAUAAAUAUGUUAACGAAUAUGUUGAUCAAAGUCUAGGGGACUCCAAGAUCUGAUCUUACGAAGCUCAUGCAGAAGAAAAAAAAAGUUUAGAAAUAUGUAAUAGCACACUGUUGUCAAACACUGUCACUGCCAUCUGCUAAAGUGACUUUAUUCAAUUGUAUGGGCUGGUUGUUACAGUGGAAAUAGGGUUAUUGUUUCCAGAUUUAUCACUUAUAGUAUUAUCUGUGCCAAUGAUAUAUCUCUUUCACUGCCAUUGUUUUGACAUUAUGUCAUUGAAACAAGUGAUUUUUGGACCAAUUUUAAUAGUGAUUUUCACAUUGGUAACAAGCCUACCAUUUUAGCACAAGGAGACCAUCCCAUAGAAAAAGAACCUUGAACCUUGGAGUCCCCUUCUUUUUAGCUUUUUUCUAAAGUUUAUGUUGUAAUUUACUAUGCUACAGACCACGUUUUACUUACAGCAUUUUACUAGCCAAUAUACAUACAUAAAUGUGUAUGUAUGUAUGAAACUUUGUGAGUGUGUGUGUAUAAAUGUACAUGUAUGUAUGUGUGUGUGCGCACACGUGCCCACGUGUGCGUGCGUGUGAGUUUAGCGGUAUGUUUGCUGGUGUGCAUGAAAACAAAUUGUUGAAUAUAAAAUAAAGCCAUAAGAUUUGAGCACUAGUGACAUAGAGCUCAGUUGUGUAGAUUUAAUUGAAAUGUCCAUUCACUAAGGCCUGUGUGUUUCGUAAACAUUCCAUUUUGAGUCUGCAUUCAGCUUGGGCCGCACGUGCAAUGAACUAUUGUCCUGAGUAUGAUUCCUUUCAAUUCCUGACUCCACAAAAAGAUGGAGAGGCUUUGUUCUAUUAUGCAUUUAUUUAUUUGGUUAUUUAUAUAUUAAUACACGUGUUUAGUUUUUUAUUUAUCUAUUUUGGCCAUGUUGAAAUUUGCAAAUGCUUGAUCAUUUUGACUGAGAGUAACACGAGUUACUGGAGCAGUUGUCAGUCCAGCUGUGCUUUUAGCUGUAAGAAGGAUCAGUUCAAAAUCAUUACAAAGUGUGUGCUUAUUUCAAAUGAACUCUUCUGCUCUCGAUUUGAAUAUCCGUCAGUUACAAGUUGUCUGUACAGGACAGAUGACAUCAAAUGCUUUGCUAAGAGUAGGACUCUUUGUGUGUGUAUGUGUGCGUAUGUGUUAGCUCCAAACAAUAAAGCAUAGGCCCUUUACAAACAAAUGGUUGAGGAGCUGUACGAAAGUACUUCAACCUGCCAAUGUCAGCAUGAACAGGAUUCAUUUACGUGAAGCAUUCCUAGAUAGUGGUGUGACUCUGUGAAGUUAGAUGUUAUUUUUUGGAUGUUUCUGUCACAGCCAAUUCUGAAUUGCUUUUUGUUAAAAAAAAGAAAUCAUUAUUUAUAUUUGGUCAUGGUGGCCAUGUCUGUGAAAUGCACAGUUAAGUUGGAAUGUGUAUCACAUGAGAUGUGUUACUGUAAAUGGAACGGAUGUGGUCAAAAGAAAGGUCAGAGCAGCAAUCUACUAAUUUCUUUAUUUCUAUCUUAGAUUAGUCUUGUAAAAAGUAAACUGGGAUGUAAAAUAUGGAAGAAAAUCUAUCCCAUGGAGACAUUCCUUAAAUGUCCUUGCUUUGGCUUUUUGUUCCUCGCAUUUGCCAUGUUAAUGUUGCAAAGUUGAAGUGAAGGACAUGUGUUAGAAAUAAAGAAAGGGACAUUUGCUGAUUUUUCCUUGGUGCACAAUACAAAGUUAUUCUCAAUUUUUGAGACCUAGAUCACAUUACAUAAAAGCUUAGCCUGAUCUGCAUUGUCUGUCAAACUGCAAAAAAACUGCUGAAAACUGCCAUCUUUGGGAACAUAUUUCUGCCACUGCAUCACCAUUGAUAGACAACCACGAUUAGAAAAAAAACCUAAUUUUUAUUUCCUCUUGAUAUACUGCCUUGUGGUUUUCUUCUUUUUGUUUGUUUGUUUGUUAGUUUGUUUGAUUGAUUGAUUGUUUGUUUGUUAUUUUGCUUUUUUCGAGAGGCAGAGGUCUGUAUGUGGCAUUGUCCUCUGGCCAUGUUUCUACCUGUCUAGAAGUGCUGUGGUACGUGUUUUCAUGUCGGUAAUGUCGUGCCUAGUGUGGAUUGCAUGCUUUAGCCCUUGACUGGACACUUUGCAAAAAUGUUGCUCCCAAACUUCUCAUGACCUGGUUGAGUAGUUGACGAGCAUCAGCAAUCCUUGUAAAGACCUCAAGGGAACCAAAUAUCUCAACACAAAUCUAACAUAACUGUUAAAAGCUCUGUACUAAACAAACAUAAAAAAUAAAGGCCUUUUAAAUA